AUGGCUGAGAUUCGCCGAAAACUUGUCAUUGUUGGUGACGGUGCUUGUGGUAAAACAUGUCUUCUAAUCGUUUUCUCUAAAGGUACUUUCCCUGAGGUGUAUGUUCCUACUGUGUUUGAGAACUAUGUUGCUGACGUUGAAGUAGAUGGCAGACACGUUGAAUUGGCCUUAUGGGAUACAGCUGGUCAGGAAGAUUAUGAUCGUCUACGACCUCUCUCUUAUCCUGAUUCUCAUGUUAUCUUGAUUUGUUUUGCUGUUGACUCUCCCGAUUCCUUGGAUAACGUACAAGAAAAAUGGAUUUCAGAGGUAAUGCACUUCUGUCAUGGGUUGCCUAUCAUCUUAGUUGGAUGCAAGAAAGAUUUGAGGUUCGAUCCCAAGACUAUUGAAGAACUUCGCAAGACUUCUCAAAGGCCGGUGACACCUGAAGAGGGUUUGAGUGUCUCUCAAAGAAUUGGUGCCUAUAAAUAUCUUGAAUGCUCAGCCAAAACUGGUGAGGGUGUUCGCGAGGUGUUCGAACAUGCUACACGGGCAGCACUUUUGGCCAGGGGGAGGAGGAAGAGAAAUACUUCACACUGUUUAGUUUU